AUGUCGAACUACUACGUCCGGCCUCCUCAUUAUCAGAGACAUCAUCAGUCCAUGCUGUUGAAUCUUUGCAGCAUACACCCAUCCUUUGAGACAGAUGAUUUCGACCGCGAGUAUCAAAAAGAACUUGCUUCGGUCAUUUCUCAAUAUCCGUUGACUGGUUUGGACUUUUGUUAUUACUGGACUGAGAAGAUCUUGUGGGAUAGAUUUCAAUUAUCUAGUGCAUAUGGAGAGUUUCCUGGUAAAUUUGGCGGUCCUGAGUACAUUGUUCAACAACAAAUUGGACAAUUACCUCUCACUUCAGAAUCUGCUGAGCCGGCACCUGCGUUAACUGCAGAUUUCUUUGAUAGCAUCUUGGAGACUUUAGGGACCCCAAGCCGCUCUGCAAAACCUGUCCAGCCAAUUAAAAGUCAGACUCCAGAGACAUCUAAAGCUGCCUGCGAAAUACCUGUCUCUGGAGCUGGUCAACAACGAGUGGAUCUCAUGGCAAUCCCAUUUCAAAAACUGGCUCAAAAUCAUUUUGAGGGAUAUUUCAAGCCUCCAAAUACAUCAGCUUCGGCACAGAUACAAGCACCCAAAAAUUACCCUAAAGACUUUGUCUAUCCCGAAAGUCCAUACACUUUGGUACAAGACUCUCAGGGCUUUGCCAAUACCUCAGCCGUUCCCGGAGGCCUAGGCACUUCGCAGACUCCAAAUGAAUUUUCGGUAUCAACCACCAGACCCAAGCCUCCGGCCCCAACCCCUUCAUCGCUUUUAGCUGCUCGACUUGCUUUACCUGGUUUCUCCAAUCCUGUUGCAACAUCCAACUCCGCGCCUGCCGCACCGUCCUCGUCAUUGGCACCUCUUCCUCCUCUCCUACUCCCCGAUUCAAUUUUCAAAGAUCCUGACACUGGUGAACUAAUCACAAUAAAGAUGUUUGAGCGUCGGUGUCUUGGUCGUGGUGCUGAGAUUGCCAUCAGACAGGCGCAAGCUGCCGUCAAGGCGACAACAAAUCGUAUGACCAAGCCUAUAGCCCGUUUGUUGUUGGAGGAUUCGCUUGCUACUGCAUUGGCCAAUAUAAUCCAAGAACAUACACAGCAGUAA